UCGAACCGCAAAAAAUUUAUUAAGGAGAGAGACCAAAUAAAAAAGAUCGAUACAUGAUAAUGAACGUUAAACACGGAUAAAUUGAUUACCGAGACAAGUGUUACUAUAGAACAUACAUUUAGCUUAAAGGACGUGAUAGAGCAGCGAAGUACGAAGAUCUGUAUCUUUCAUGUCUAACCCUCGGCAAGACGACGUCAUAGCUGAUGACCAGAGAGACCGCUAAUUGAAUUUAGGGAGGGAAAACCAUUCACUUUUACUGUUCACUUUACAGCAGACGUUUGCUUGCUGCGGCUGCUUGCAAGAGGAUUCGAGAUGUCAUACACUGGUAUUGUUUGAUUAACAAUGGCGGAAGCAGCACCAGUAAAUAGCGACGGUACUGCUUCUACUUCUACUGUUACUAAUGCCCAAUGUGAUCUCUGUUUUUCGGAAUUUCUCGUAAAUUGGGCUUGUCAUGACUGUGCUCAGAAACUGUGUGACAGUUGUCAGACUCUGCAUUCCAGAAGCAAUGCAAGUAAACAGCACGGGAUCUGGCUUCUCCGUGAAGACAAAGAUGACGAAAUGGAGUCCGGAAGUGACGCCAUCGACAUUGAUGAUAUCGAGUUGCACAUUUGUCGAAUUCACGAGGAGCAGGUCUGUGAGCUGUAUUGUAAUCUGUGUGAUAUGUUCGUGUGUCACAUCUGUGUUCGCUCUAUCCAUAAGACGCACAACAUUACGGACAUUGGCGAGUCUGCUGAACAAAAAUUCAACCGACUGAGUAAAAGGUUCGAACACCUUGAGCGGUACGAACUCGAAAAGGCGCGAAAAAUGAUAGAAAACUUAGAACAAAAUAAAGUAGAGUAUGUAUCUAGUGUAGCUUUGAAAAAAGAAUUGAUCAAAGAACGAAAUGACAAAAUGAAAUUUGAAUUGGAUAAUCUUACAGACAAGAUGCUUAAAGAACUCGAGACGAAAGAGGAGGUUGACUUGCAAUUUAUUAAUAGAAAACAAUUCAAAUUGCAGAAUUUGUCAACAAAGGUUUCCGAAGCCAUUCACUUCUGUAGAAAUAACUUGUCCAAUAAGGGAGGAAUAAGUUUAUUAGAUGCUUGUGCGGAGGCAGAACGUAAAAUUGAAAAGCUAAGAUUACCCUCUGCUGAAAAUGGACCAGAGAGGAUUAACCCGCCAGAAUUUGUACCCGGAAAACAAGAUGAGGAAAUCGAAACCGUCUUUGGAAUUUUAGAAUAUGAGCCAACUCCAGUAUUAACAAGACGCCGAACGACAGUAGCUUUUCCUCUCAACAUUAAAGCUCAAGUGAUCGCAAGCUUCGCCCAGAAGGCGCGAAACGGUAUAUACAGUAUAUGCACAACUGGAAACGGAAAUGCUAUGAUAGGAACGGAAGAGAGGAUUGUGCAAGUCGUGACGAUCACGGGAAAAGUCCUUGCUAGCAUCAAAGUAGAUAUUACGCCAUACAAUAUCGCUUGUUCUAAACUCGGCAAGGAUCUUUAUAUGAGCACAUGGAAUAUGGAGAUCAAAAAGCUUAAAAACGGGUCUUUUACACGUUUCAUCGAUACUAGUCCUUUCCACGCCCAAGGACUGUGUGUGAAUGAGGACGGAGAAAUUCUGGCUUGUCUCUACCACAAGGAAGAUCAGUUCGGCAAAAUAGUGCGAUACGACAGUGCGGGAAAGUCGCUUCAACAGAUCUGUAGCGACGAGCGACGUCGGCUGAUGUUUCAGAACCCUGUCAAAGUCGCUGCAAGCGUGACUCGCGAUAUCGUUGUCGUGGACAUGGCUAAAAAGUGUGUGAUCGCUGUCGGGGCGGACGGACAACGAAAGUUUACGUACAAAGGUGUGAAUGCAGUGAAGUUCGAACCCAAAUGCAUCGACUGUAACACUCUGGGAAGCAUCCUCGUCGGAGACCACGAGGAUCGGAUACACAUGCUGGACAAGAACGGAAAGUUCCUGCAAUAUAUUAUGACGCCAGAACAUGGACUGAAUGACAUCAUCGGUCUUUCCAGUGACCAGGAGGAGAAAAGGAUCUGGGUAUCGUGCUUUGACAAAGUCAUUAUUGCGACCUUAGUUUGAUACGGCAAAGUCAUAACCAAGUCAUAACUUUUAGUAGGAAGAUGAUCGAGAUGACAAAGAGCUUGGUCACUUCAGCCGGGAGCUAAAUCAUCAUUCACUUUACCAGGGAUAGUUUCAGUAUCAAUUAGCAGUCUGAGAUGGCUAUCCGCGCUUUUAUUGCUUGUUAAUUGCUCUCGUCUGCGAGCGAUCGUAAAGUGACGAUUUGGUGUACUGCAGUUUUAUGUAUUCAUCGAAGACGAUAAGCGAUGUGUUGAUAACAUAUAUGGACGAACGCCAUACCUGUGGUUCUUAUCACCAAUCUCUGUCGUCAUCGUCACAGAAAAUUGUUGUUGUCGUUGUCAUUAAAUCUAUCGUUCUUUACAUUGCUGAUAAAAUCGCCUUUGAUUAAACAGAUCAA